GUCAAACAAAAAGAAGCAUUAAAACAUUAACAUAACUACGACGAUAGACCAAAGCAAAGCAACGUUAAUUUUUGUAAUAAAUAAACAAAUAUUAAAAUAAAAACAUAAUCAUGGGUGAUCGUUAUAACAUUCACAGCCAGCUUGAGCAUUUACAGAGCAAAUACAUUGGAACCGGUCAUGCCGAUACCACCAAAUUCGAAUGGCUGACCAAUCAACAUCGCGAUUCUCUGGCCAGUUACCUUGGCCACUACGACAUGCUGAACUAUUUCGCCAUAGCUGAAAAUGAAUCUAAGGCCCGGAUACGUUUUAAUAUAAUGGAAAGGAUGCUACAACCAUGUGGUCCACCUCCAGAGAAAGCUGAAGAUUAAUAGAAUGUAUUCGAAAGAAACAAUAAAAACAAAUUUUUACCAAACCAUCAA